GCAGCUUCAAAGUAGCUAUAAUCCCUGAGGAACUAUCCUCAUGUCUCUCUCCAGUUGCUUGCUUCCCUUUUCUCAAUCAGCGACGGCUCCGUCGUCCUCCGUCUGCUCUUGCCACCUCGCCGCCUCUUUUUCGAAUUUUCCGGUUUCUUCAAGAGACUAUAGUUUCUCCAGAAAUGGAAGCCUUGUGCUCAACGGAGGAGGCUCGAAUCUCUGCCGGAGAUUCUGUGGGUUGAAACUGUGGAUACUUAAGAGCUUGAAUCGUAGACGAGGCAACAACAGAAAAUAUCAGCCUGUAAACGAGCUUAAAACACGCUCAGAGCACACUUUCCUCAGCGAUGAACAAGGUUUAAGAAAAGAGUCAAUUACAUCUCCUAAAGAUCCUUCUUUAGCGCUUCCUGAGGUCAAAUGUGAUGCAGGUUUUGCUGAAGAAACUAGAGCUGCAUAUUUACGACCAGAAGAGCAUAUUCUAAGAACUGAUUUGAAUGAUGGUUUUCACAAAGUUGGAGACUUACCACCUGUGUCAAAACAAUUCUCGGACGAUCUUUCAGAUGUUCGAAGAGGGGCCUCGCUUUGCAUUGCUGUUGUAGGAGCUACUGGUGAGCUAGCAAGAGGGAAGAUUUUUCCGGCAUUGUUUGCGUUGUAUUACAGUGGCUACCUUCCUGAGGAUGUUGCUAUAUUUGGGGUUUCAAGAAAGAAUCUGACAGAUGAAGACCUCAGAUCCAUCAUCGCAUCAACUCUGACUUGCCGCGUUGAUCAUCAGGAAAAUUGCGGGGACAAGAUGGAUGCAUUUCUUAGUAGAACAUACUAUAUCAAUGGAGGCUAUAAUAACAGAGAUGGGAUGUCCCGACUUGCUGAGAGAAUGAAACAGAUUGAGGGUGAAUCAGAAGCAAAUAGGAUCUUUUACCUCUCAGUACCUCAAGAAGCUCUGGUGGAUGUGGCAUGCACCAUUGGAGAUAAUGCUCAGGCACCAAGAGGCUGGACUCGUAUAAUAGUUGAGAAACCUUUUGGUUUUAACUCACAUUCGUCUCAUCAGUUAACAAAGUCACUUCUCUCUAAGUUUGAAGAGAAGCAAAUCUACAGGAUAGAUCACAUGUUAGGAAGAAACCUCAUUGAAAAUCUGACAGUGUUAAGGUUUUCAAAUCUAGUUUUUGAACCACUAUGGAACAGAACAUACAUACGCAAUAUACAGGUUAUUGUAUCAGAAUCAAUUGCGCAUACAGAAAAGUAUUCUGAUGGAUAUGGAAUAAUACGGGACAUAGUGCACAGCCAUAUACUUCAGACAAUCGCAUUACUUGCCAUGGAACCUCCAAUAAGUCUUGAUGGUGAAGAUAUCCGAAAUGAAAAGGUGAAGGUUUUAAGAUCAAUUCGUAAAAUAAACCCGCGUGAUGUCAUCCUUGGCCAGUAUAAAUCCAGUUCCCGAGACAAGAACGGUGUGAUCUUAAACGGUGUAGACCCUACAUAUUGUGCAGCAGCCUUGUAUAUUGAUAAUGCACGUUGGGAUGGUGUACCUUUCCUUGUAAGAGUUGGCACUGGCCUCAUUAAACACAGAGUGGAGAUUCAUGUGCAAUUCCGGCAUGUUCCUGGAAACCUAUACCGAGAAAAUAUUGGAAUAAACAUAGAUUUGGGGACAAAUGAGCUUAUUCUACGUGACGAACCUGAUGAGGCCAUCCUGGUGAAAAUCAACAACAAGGUUCCUGGUUUAGGUCUCCAGCUAGACGCUUCUGAACUUAACCUGCUCUAUAAAGACAGGUAUAAAGCCGAAGUACCAGACUCAUAUGAACACCUAAUUCAUGAUGUAAUUGAUGGAGACAAUCAUCUGUUCAUGAGAAGCGAUGAGGUUGCAGCAGCAUGGAACAUUCUGAGUCCGGUUCUAGAAGAGAUAGACAAGCACCACACAGCUCCGGAGUUGUAUGAAUUUGGUGGACGAGGACCAGUUGCGGCAUACUAUCUUUGGGCCAAGCACGGUGUCCCAUGGGCAGAUGACUGAAGGAGAAACAUAGAUGCAGCAACAAACAAAUGAGAGUGACUCUGAAUCUGUGCAAGUCAGAUUGUUCAGUAUGGUUAUUGUGAUGUGUGUUUGUUUAGCUUGAAGCUGAGCCAUUCCCUGUAGACUGUACAUAUGUACACAUGUAUGACAUGUUGCUGUAUGAAUGUCCAUCAUGGUGGGGUCCAUAAUAGUGUUGAA